AUGAAGUUUGAUUAUUUUGUGUUUGGAUUAAUUUUACUAUAUUCAGAUUCUAUUUAUGGACAAAUUGAAACGACCAAAGAUGCGUCUGUAACUGAUCAAGGAUGGGUGCGAUUUACUAUGAAUCAUAAUCCACUCAUAGUGAACCCACGGAGACUGCCGCAAAAGCCCCCCAGAGUCCCCGAUGAAGCUACUCCAAUCAAGAUAUCUACUGAUAAGAUACCAGUGAACAAGACAAUGAAAAUACAAACUGAUCCGAAGAGAUAUAAAAGAUCUUCAUACCAAAAAGAUAAGAAGGCCAAAUGUAAGAAAUUGGAUAAUUAUUUGUAAUGUUUGUAACCCUUUAAUCUUACAAUGCUUCUUCCGCUUUUCAUACACAGAAUAUCGAUUCGAAUAGAUUUUGCAGACAAAAUAAAUUGUGUUUAAGAUUGAUGCGGUUAGGAUUUAUUAGCUUUAUAAACCAUUAUUAUAGUCCAGUGAUCAAUCAGUGAAAUUCAGUGGACUGUAAAUUGAUCAAUGUUGAGAGUAUUGUUGUUAUCUAUAAGGAGAUAAUCAACUUCAGCUAUAUCAUGUAGUCAACCGAGUUCCACCUCAGUGGCUGAAUACUUGGCCUUUAUAUGUGGUUUGACUAUAUACAGAAUGCUAUACAUACUUCAAAACCAAAUUAAUGAUUGCAUUUAUUUAUUUCCACGUUUCAGUGGACCUAUAGCAUAGGGCAUUUAAUGAUGUAGGCUUUUAAACAUCAUAAGAGUAUGGAGAUAUUUGACAUUUUAUCAAGUGUUAAGUGUUGGUUGUAUAACAUUUUAUUUGUUUUAUUCGUCCAUGUGUUUUUAACUUGAUAUUUUAUUGAUAUUUUUGGUUAACAGCGUCAUCAUCAACUUUGACCAUCGGAUGUCCAAUCCUCUUCAUAACUACACCAUUUGUUAUUUCAAAGUUCCUUCUUUGAAUUUUACACCAAUUUUGAUAUAUUGCUAUGAUCUCGGAUAGUGUUCAUUUUUAUCCACUCUUGUACUCUUGUUCUAUUCAACAAAUAAAUGAUUUUACGUACCAAUA